UCCAACCUCAGAGCCUCCACGACUUGUCUUCAACUACAAGCUUGUAUCACAAUCCUACCCCCACGACUCAUAUACGCAUUUGACCAUGUCUCGCGGCGGCGGUACUACGCUCUACGUCACCGGCUUCGGCCACGGCACCCGCGCUCGCGACCUUGCCUACGAAUUCGAACGCUACGGCCGCCUUGUCCGCUGCGACAUUCCAGCCCCCCGUUCGGCUUCGAGUAGACUCUUCGCCUUCGUGGAAUAUGAGAGCCGUCGUGAUGCCGAUGACGCUUAUCACGAGAUGCACAACAAGCGCAUCGGCCGCGACGACUUGCUGAAGAUCGAGUGGGCACGCACUCCUCCUUCGGCAUCGUGGCGCUUCGACUCUGGCCGUGACCGCCCUCGUGGUGAGCGUUCUGAGCGCGGCAGUGACCGUGGUGGCGAUCGUGCCGAGCGUGGCGACCGCGGCGUUCGCUCUCCUCGCCGUCGCAGUACGUCACCGCGACGCGAGCGAGGUGCCUCGCCCCGCAAGGACGACCGUCGCGAGCGCGACUAUGAUCGCCGUGAUCGCGAUAGGUCUAGGAGCCCCGUCGACGGCGACCGCGAGAUGAAGGAUGUUCGCGACCGUGAAGAUGACCGUGGCGACCGUGAGCGUGUCGAUCGUGAGCGCGAUGACAGGCGAGAGCGCGACCGUGAGGUUGACGCUAGCGGCGAAGCCCGCAAGAACGACUCUCCUCCCCCACCCGCACACGAAGACUUGGACGUGGCUGAGUAGAUUCAAGGAACUGCUGUGCUUUGCGCAGACAGUACCCAGUCUGCUGCUAUUGUCUGACUAGGGUAGUAUCGGUGCAACUUCUUCUAAAAUUGGUACUGGCGUGGGUGUUUUGAUAAGUGGAAAUUAGGCUACUAAGGGUUUUGUUCUUCACUCGGCGCUGGCUCGAGGUACUUCUCGAUCAUAGCACUACAUUAAUCAGAUCAGCAGUCGAAAGCUCGGUUCGGAUCUGUCUUUGGCGAACGAUUACGGCGAUUCCCAUUCGGAUCGAUUUCCUACCUUGCUCGGUCGAUCGGUCGGUAUCGAUGCGGUUCGAUGGAUCCUUUGUACACUACUCGGUCGAUUCGUAGCACGUCGAACUCCUUCAUCCCCUACUCCCCCGCUCCUCGCUCGACUUCACUUGUCCGAUCCCCGUCGUACCUUCAGCAACCCCGAUGCGAUUAAAUCUUUUAUUGCCAAGGUUUGUACGUCCUGCAUCUUUAACAC